GUUUAAUAGAGGCCGUCACCCAAAAACAUCGCUGUGCCUCGCUCAGACGGCCACGCUCCAGGAGAGAGGAGCUGGAAAGCCUGAAGCCGGCUGUGGGGAACUCUGGAGAGCCAUCUUAGCCUUGCUUAGAAGAGAGCUGCCAUGUGCACGGGGAAGUGUUCAAAGUGCAUUGGGAUCACCCUCUUCCCACUGGCAGUAUGUGCCAUUGUCUCCAACAUUCUCCUGUACUUCCCCAAUGGACAAGUACUGCAGCUCAGCGAGAUAACUGAUUUGGUCUGGUUUUUCCACGGCAUUCUGGGAGCUGGGAUACUGGUUAUUUUGCCAGCAUUCAUGAUGCUGGGAGCAGGUGGAGCAGGAUGUUGCGCUAACAGAUGUGGGAUGCUGCUGUCAGUGAUCCUGUCUGUGAUGGGAUUCGCAGGAGGAGCAUAUUGUGUGGUCAUCUCUUUGCUGGGGCUAAUUGGGGGUCCUCUGUGUGACACAGGUGAUGGAGAAUACCUCUACCCUUUCAGGAAUGACACUCUGGAAGACAAUUAUUUGUUUAACCAGACAACAUGGAGUAUUUGCAAACAACCCGAAAACAUCAUCCUUUGGAACAUUGUCCUUUUCUCUAUUCUCCUGGUCAUCGGUGUGAUUGAAGUUAUUCUUUGUUUCAUUCAAGUCAUCAAUGGGCUCACUGGCUUUAUAUGUGGCACAUGUAUGAGGAGAAGAAAGACAAAUAUUUCUGGAAUGUGAAUGACCUACAAGGAAUGCCAAGACAAGCUCCAAAAUGCUGAUUCACAUACAAUAAGGAUAGUGUACUGUACUGUUUUAUUUAUGAGGGGACAGCAAAAAAAAAAAAA